GACGCGUCUUGUGGUAAACGUCCAACCUCCUCCAUUGUUCUCUCUGCAACGAUGACCAAGUACAUCCUCGUCUCUGGAGGCGUCGUGAGCGGUAUCGGAAAGGGCGUCAUUGCCUCUUCGACCGGCCUCCUUUUAAAAACGGCUGGCCUGAAGGUCACAGCAAUCAAGAUAGAUCCUUAUAUGAAUAUAGAUGCUGGUACUAUGCGCCCCACAGAACAUGGUGAGGUUUAUGUCUUAAACGACGGAGGCGAGGUGGAUCUGGAUUUGGGAAAUUAUGAACGAUAUUUGGACGUUACACUAUCUAAGGAUAACAAUAUCACUACGGGUAAGAUUUAUCGAGAAGUCAUUGAUAAGGAGCGCCGAGGAGAAUAUCUGGGGAGGACAGUCCAGAUCGUGCCUCAUAUCACUAAUGCCAUUCAAGACUGGAUAGAGCGUGUUUCUAAAAUUCCUGCGGAUGAUACCGGAGAAGAGCCCGACGUUUGUAUUGUCGAACUCGGAGGUACUGUUGGUGACAUUGAAUCAGCACCAUUCGUCGAAGCCAUGCGGCAAUUCCAAUUCCGUGUGGGCCAUGAAAAUUUUGCUUUAAUUCACGUUUCGCUUGUGCCAGAUAUGCACGGCGAGCAGAAAACAAAACCGACACAGACUACGGUCCAUGCUCUCCGUGGACUGGGUCUUCUACCUGAUCUGAUUGCAUGUCGCUUAUUGGUUCCUCAACCUCUGCAACCUGCUACAAAAGACAAGAUCUCAAUGUUCUGUCACGUCUCUUCUGAACAAGUGUUUGGCGUACAUGAUGUUUCUUCUGUAUACCAUGUUCCACUCCUUCUACAAUCACAAGGCAUUGUCGAGUAUCUUCGUAAAAGACUGAAUCUGGCUAGCUUGAACAUAACACCGGAGAUGGUGACAAAAGGCCAAUCCUUAGCAACAAGAUGGAGGGGCAUGACAAGAGGACAAGAACGGCUAUUUGACGAAGUCAGGAUCGUCCUUGUCGGAAAAUACACAGACCUUAAAGACUCUUAUAUGUCUGUUAUCAAAGCUCUCGAGCACUCUGCGUUCCGUGUCCACAGAAAACUUAUCCUCCAAUGGGUAGAAUCUACUGACCUGGAGUCCGAAACGCAAGACUCUAACCCUGCAAACUACCACGAUGCAUGGAGAGCCCUCGUUGGUGCUGGAGGUAUUCUCGUUCCUGGUGGCUUUGGUCAGCGUGGAACAGAAGGCAUGAUCCUAGCCAUAAAAUGGGCGCGCGAACAAAAAGUUCCAUUCUUAGGUAUCUGUCUGGGAUUCCAGUUGGCUGUCGUUGAGUGGGCGCGGAGUGUGCUUAGUAUUCCAGAUGCCCAUUCUACUGAAUUUGGGGAAGAUACAAAAAGUCCUUUCAUCAUCUUCAUGCCAGAAAUUUCGAGGACUCACAUGGGAGGUACCAUGCGUCUUGGGUUGCGUCCCACUGUCUUUGAACCUGAAGCUGAAGCUUGGUCGAAAAUACGAAAACUCUAUGGCGGAGCGGGCAAGAUCUGGGAGAGGCACCGUCACCGCUAUGAAGUAAACCCGCAGUACGUAGACCAACUGCAAGCCAGUGGAUUGCCUUUCGUUGGAAAAGACGAGAAGGGCGAGCGUAUGCAAGUUUUGGAACUGAAAGAUCACCCUUUCUUCGUGGGAUUGCAAGCUCAUCCUGAAUUCUGCACGAGACCACUCAAUCCCUCACCACCUUUCCUCGGUUUCGUUGCUGCGUCAUGCGGGGGAGCUGUCCUCGAGGAACAACUUGAAGAACAAGUAGAGUCAUUCCACCCGCCACAUCCAGAAGAGUCUAUGAAACAUCCCACCAUAUGUAUACUCUACACAAUUUAAACCUCUUCACUUGAAC